AUGGCUAUGACAGAUGCCGGAGACGGCCUUGAGUUGCCGGGCGAUCCAGGGCUCUCUAAAAGAUACGAGGAAACCCAGACACGCACAGAGGCAGCGCUUCGGGCAGCCUUGGGUCUGCACACGCCCUUUCGGACGGAGCGAAUUCAGCGGCCAGUCCGGGUCACCCACUGCGGGCCGGGGGCGGGGGCGGGGCCGGCCCCACCCGGGGGAGAGGCGAGGGGGCCGCGAGGCCGCGGGUUAGGAAAUGUGACCCUGGCGACCCCAAACGCCCCCGCCCCUCUCGCUCACUGCUGCACCUGCCCGCGGAGCGCGCCGAGCCGCCGACAGGGAAGCCGGCUUAGCCCCGCGCCCUUAGUGGCCUCCAUCAGCCACCAAAUGGUGGCUCUGCAGAUUCUGCAGCUGCUGCAGCAGGAGUGGGGCUGAGGGGACGGUCCGAGCGACCCCGGGAGCCCGCGCGAUCCAGACCACGUGUCCGCCGCCCCAGCGCGUCGCAUAGGCAGGCCCUCGGCCGGCCGGGCCUGUCCUGGGGCGCCAGGAUGGGGGGAGGGCAGGAAUGGGGGGGCUGGGGAGCGGGUCAGCUCCCCAGAAGCGGAAGCGGUGCGAGGCGCCGAGGGGGGCGCGGACUGCACCCCGGCCCAGAUGGGCAUGCGCAGCGCGCUGGCGCGCGUGGUGGCCUCGACCUCGGAGCUGGUCAGCGUGGAGCAGACGCUGCUGCUGGGCCCCCUCCUGCAGGAGAGGUCCUUCCCCAACCAUCCGAAGGAUAGUGUUGAGUUUAGACACAUCUGCAGUCAUUUGGCUCUACAAAUUCAAGGACAACAGUUUGACAGAGAUCUGGAUAUUGCCCACCGGUGUUUGAAGACAAUAGUCAUGAAGCUGAUUCAGUCACUUGCUAAUCUUCCUUCAGAUGCCCACGUGGUAGCCUGUGCUUCUUUGAGACAGAUCUUACAGAAUCUCCCAGACAUAUGGAUGCUCAAGACACCAGAAUUAGACCCACAGCCAGUACUGCUAAGAGGACUGGGUACCUGACAUUCCUAAUUGAAUCAGCAGACAGUGGGUGCUUUUAUUCCCAGGAAGGAGAGAGGUGAUGACAUAUAUAGCAGUCUGACCAGUGGCAUCUGUACCCUUCAGAAUCACAGCAUGUUGGUGACAGGUUUUUAAAGCAGUAGUUCACAUUUUUAAGUAUGUUGAUAUAUUUGUUUACUGUUUGAUUGAAAUGUAUUCCACUUGGUAGAGCUGAUUGUAUCAUAUAUGUUUAUAUUUACUAAUCCGCAGAAGGAUUAGUUUUGAUCAAAUGAUACAUUAAUCUAUACUUAUAUUAAUGUAGGCCUAUGAGGUUUAAUAUGGUUAUUUAAUAUGGUUAUUUAUAUAUGGUUAUGUGGUUAAAGCUUCAUGGUUCUUAAAAUUAUCUUGAAUAAAUAGGAUAUUUGAUAAUUGAUAUGUUCUACUUACUGAGCACUUCAUUUCAUGUUAUGAAAAUGAUCUUUAGAUGUUGUAGGACCACAUGUGUCAAUAAUUAUGAGUUCCAAUACUGGCAUUAAUAACUUACUGUUGGACAGGAAAAGAGUUGCUUCUAAGCCUUGUGCUUUCAUGUAGUGAUUUGUAAAUUUAUAAUGAUAAUGAGCUAUGAAGUACCAAGGAUAUAUGAUAUGUAAAUACAAAGUACGGUAUUAUUAAAGUCUCAUGUGGAACCAUGUAGCUCUUCUUACUGUUUCUAAAUAUUCCAAUUGAAGUAGGAAAUUCUUGUGAAAAAAGGAGGGAGUGGAUAUACUGGCAGGUUUCCCUAAAUACUUAGAGCUGGGAAAAGAGAGGCUAACUUUUCUUGCAACAAUGAUCUGAACAUGCUAGGAAAAACUAAAUUUCCUAUUGCUUAAUGAUUGUAUCGUUUAAUGGCUGUAUUGAGAACCAAAGUAAAUUAAAGUGAUGCCUUACCCUUAAAAUUUUAAUAGAAAUGGCAUUGUAUUUAGAAAAAAAAAAAGAGUACAAUGUAUAUUGUAAACAGUGCACCUUGUUUUCUGAAGGAAUGAAAAACUAGGUCUGUAUGGUGAGAGUUGAUCUGCUAUUAAAAAAUAAAGUAUUAGUAGUAAUCAAAGCCUUUUUAAUCCCACAUGUUCUAAUCCUAGUUGGUUCCAAAAUUUAUUCCAGGAUAUAAUGAUGAAAGGUAUAUAUAUUGAUUCUCUUUGGAUAUAACUGACUAUUCCAUAGAAGAGAAUUACAUUAAUGAGACUGAAUUCUAAAUGAAAGAUGAAAGGUGUGUGUUUGUGCGUGCGUGUGUGUGUGUGUGUGUGUGUGUGUGCGUGUGUGUAUAAGGGUGAGGUGGGCCAGAAAAGAAGAGCAUGUAUUUCUUGGAAACAAUCAUUAGCCCUUGGUUCUCCAAUUCCUAAGAAACAUUGUAUUCUGGGACUAUCACCAUAUUAUAUAGUCAAGUCUUUCUUUCCUCAGUGAAAUUACCCCAGGACUCUUUCUCUAAAGACCCAUCAUUAUGGGCCACUUUGCCCAUUGUAAUCAAUAGCUAUCUCAAUAAAUAUUAAGGCUUUUUAAACUCUCAUCCCCAAGAAAUAUUGAAUAUCUUUGCUUCUUUGUAUCAGUUCUUGUGUUUUUUCCUCAUUUUGCAAUGUUUCGCAUAGAGCAAUA